AUGUCUGGACGCGGCAAGGGCGGAAAGGGUCUCGGCAAAGGCGGUGCUAAGCGCCACAGGAAGAUCCUUCGCGACAACAUCCAGGGAAUCACGAAGCCUGCCAUUCGUCGUCUGGCUCGGCGUGGCGGUGUCAAGCGUAUCUCGGGACUCAUUUAUGAAGAAACCCGUGGUGUGCUGAAGAUCUUUCUGGAGAAUGUAAUCCGGGAUUCUGUGACAUACACCGAACACGCUAAGCGUAAGACCGUCACCGCAUUGGAUGUGGUUUAUGCACUGAAGCGUUCUGGGCGCACUCUGUACGGUUUCGGAGCUUGA